GUCGCAAGCAAAUUGGCUCUGUACAAAAUAAAGCUGGAAGCUUUUUCUUCUUCUCUACAGGCGACAAGUUCUUAGGGCAAUCUCCUUCGUUACUCGUUCUGUCAUAUUAAUCGCUUGUUGUGAAAUUUUUAGAGGAUUCCAAUGCAGAACGGAUCAAAGAGUAAAUGCACAUCGACAUCUCACCAUCUGUUGAUGGAAAAUGCCAAAAAUCGGGUCAAUGAUCUUCAAGAAAGGUUUGCUCAUCUUCAAGCAGCGAGGAUAGAGGGUCGAACCAGUGACGUGGUGGUGUUGGAGGAGCAAGUCUAUCAGAGUCUCCGCGAGUGGAAAGCCGAGCUCAACGUCCCAUCAUCGGCAUCUUCUCUACUUGUUGGUAGUCUUGGGUCGUUCUCGGAUGAUAUAGGUCGAUUGUUGCAAUUGUGUGAGGAGGAAGAUGAUGCCACUAGUGAAUUUUUGGAAUCAUCAGCACUGAAGGCUGAGCCGAAGCCUGAGCUUGAGCAUGAUGCCCAAAAUCUUGAUAUGCACAGUUUUGAGGCAUUUCAAGAGGACUACGCAUUGAACAAUAAUCCACAGGAACAUGUCUUGAAUGCUAACUCCCAGGAACAUGGUUUUCAAGGAUUUGAUCAGUUCCAAAGCAGUGUCCCAGGUCUUGAAAAUACAGUCAUCAAUAAUUCAGACAUGGUUUCUCAGCUGGAUUAUCAUCAGUUUGGUUUGCAUCAAGUAUCCGAUAAUGGGCUCCCUAUUGAUGCCAGCAGUGCCGAAAUGUUUGGAAAGGAUAUUGAAUCCAAUGUUCUGGCCUAUAUAUCUCCACCACCUUCUGCUUUCAUGGGGCCAAAAUGUGCACUCUGGGAUUGUGCGAGGCCUGCCCAAGGAUCUCAAUGGUAUCAUGAGUACUGCAGCAGCUUUCAUGCUUCUCUAUCUUUAAAUGAAGGUUCUCCUGGCAUGGCUCCAAUUUUGCGGCCUGGGGGCAUUGUUUUGAAGGACAAUUUAUUAUUUGAUGCUCUUAGUGCGAAGACACUGGGUAAGAGUGUGGGUAUACCUCAUUGUGAGGGAGCUGCUACAACAAAAUCUCCAUGGAAUGCUAGUGAUCUGUUUGACCUAUUCUUGCUUGAGGGCGAAACAAUAAGGGAGUGGCUGUUUUUUGAUAAGCCUAGAAGGGCAUUUGACAGUGGUAAUCGUAAGCAGAGGUCACUGCCAGAUCACAUUGGACGUGGUUGGCAUGAAUCAAGGAAACAGGUGAUGAAAGAAUUUGGGGGUCAAAAGAGAUCUUAUUACAUGGACCCACAACCUUCAGGCUGUUUUGAGUGGCAUUUGUUUGAAUACGAGAUCAACGGCUGUGAUGCUUUUGCAUUAUAUAGGUUGGAAGUCAAGCUUUCUAGUGCAAAGAAGAGUCCAAAAGGAAAGGUCAGUAAAGACUCCCUUGCUGAUCUGCAGAAAAAGAUGGGAAGGCUUACUGCUGAGUUUUCUUCAGAUAACAAACCCUCUGUUAAAGACAGGACAGAAGCUAGUACUGAGGCCAAUGCUGAUGCAUCCAGUGUUCAUUCUGCACAAAUCCUAUGAGUUUGUAAUACUGGAACCUGACUUGUGGUUCAAAUCUUCUAAUCAAUCUUGCGGAUGAUUUUUACUGACCAUAGCGGAUGAUUCUAAUGACACUGUGCCAUCAGGGUGAUUACAAUCGACCAUAUGGAGAAGUAAGAGAAGAGUUGAAUAGCGCUGCUUCAUAGCGACAUAUCAUUAGUUUUUUUUUCCCUUGUUUGCUAGAGUAAGUCUCAUUUUCUGCUGCAGGGAAAUCAUAUGCUUCACAGCGUCAUUUGGAAUUUCUCCAAGUAUCCUGGCUGGUGCUGGCAACUAAUAUAGUUUCUCAUAUGCUACUGAUGUACAGUAAAUUGACAGUCCCCUGUUUUUAUAGUUACUUAAAAGGGAUAAAAAUAAUUCUGACAAUGUUUGUUGAGUGAAAGGUACUAAUGUAGCCAUCUUGCAAGUC